UUGAAUUUCCCGCCGUGGAGUUUGUUAUGGGAACGGGAACGAGGAAAUAAUAAAAAAAGGAGGAAAUUGUUUAUUUAUUUUUUUGGGAGUGUGAAAUGGCUGGACAAUUAAAUAGUUAAUUAAAAAUUAAUUAACAAUGAAUCUCCAAGGAUUUUUAGAUUUUUUUCAAAAGGAAAAGACAUUCCGCCCCAAGAAACGUUUCGAACCGGGGACGCUCCGUUACGGACUUCACAAAGCGGCGCAGGCCUCGCUAAAUUCGGGAAUUAAUUUAGCGCAAGCCGUAAAGUUACCAAAGGGGGAAGAUCUGAAUGAUUGGAUAGCCGUUCAUGUGGUCGACUUUUUCAACCGGAUAAACCUAAUUUACGGCACCGUUUGUGAUUACUGCACAGAAAAAACCUGCCCCAAAAUGUCUGGGGGCCCAAAGUUCGAGUAUUUGUGGGCGGACCCCUCGACGCCCGAGUAUAAAAAACCCACCCAGCUGCCGGCCCCACGCUACGUCGCCUUGCUCAUGGACUGGAUCGAAAGCCAAAUCAAUAAUGAAAACGUCUUCCCCACCAGCACCGAAAACCCGUUCCCGAAAAAUUUCCAAUCCAUUUGCCGAAAGAUCCUGACGCGGCUUUUCCGCGUUUUCGUACACGUCUACAUUCACCAUUUCGACAGAAUCGUGGCGUUGGGGGCGGAAGCCCACGUGAACACGUGUUACAAGCAUUUUUACUAUUUCGUUUCCGAGUUUAAUUUAAUUUCCGCAAAGGAAUUGGAACCUUUGGCCGAGAUGACCGUCAGGAUUUGCCCGCCAAUUAAUGAAUUUUCCCACGCCGGGGAGUUUUCAGGGGGUCAUUAAUUCGUUUUUCUCUGUAAUAAAGUGAUUUUGUUUUUUAAAACUAGUGAAAAGCCCGUAGAUCGACGGGUGAAUAAAAGUCUGUGUCAAAAAAAAACUA